GUGUGAAGGUUUGUUACGAACUGCAGCUUUCACACCUCGACUGUUUCUCUCCAUUUCUGCUUCAGGAUUUCAUCUCCAUUGAACAAGAAAUGGAUCCUUCAGAUUAUGUUUACAUGAUGAUCUGGAUUAAUAUCCGUCUCUGCCUCCCGUUCACUUUGAUCGUUUUUGCUCUGGGUUGUGUGGUCAGGUUGGACGGUUUUCCUGUCACCUUCUACAUGAACCUUCUCGUCUCCAACCUGAUCCAGCUCGGUGGUUUGGUUGCUUUAAUGGUGAAGAUAAAUGAAGGUAAUUUCCAUCCAAUCUGCUUAGUUGUCCUCGGCUGUGGCGCUUUGGCCAGUCUUUGCUUCAGGACGGUCAUUGCUCUGGAAAGGUAUUUUCUCAUCUCCUGGCCAGAGCUGCACUUCAUCAGACAGACCAAAGGUCACGUCAUAUUCUGUGUGUUGAUCUGGCUGUUUGCCAUUUUUCUUUUUCCUCUGUUCAUGAUGUUUUCACAGUAUAUAUUCUUUGUGCUGUUUCCCCUGAUUCCCACCCCCGUGUUCAUCUUCUGUGUGGCUCGGACCCCAAAAUUCCUGCCUGCAGCCGCUUCCCUACCCACAGGAGGAAAACGUAGAAUCAUGGCAGCUUUGAUGCUGUUGCUGAUUCUUCACAUAUUCAUGAUCCUCCCGCUGAGUCUGUCUUAUAUUAACUCAUAUUUCUGUGGAUCAUAUGUGAAAUAUAACAGCUCACUGGUCUUGUUUCUCUUCAGUCCCUUCAUGGAUUUGAUUCUGUUUGUUUUCAUGUGUGAAGGUUUAGUUGAGAAGCUGCUGAUGUGUUUCAGCUGCCACAGCUGCAGCAGAUGAAGCACAUCUAGAGUUUAAGACUCGACGUUAUUUCAGCUACACAAGUAUUAUCAGUUUAUAUCAAUGUGCUUAAUUGUUUUAAACUUUUUGUUUUGCUUCAUAGAAAUAAAUCUUGUCCUGUUGGGAAAUCUGUUUGUUUCA